UGGACGAGCCUUCCAUCAUUCUACGAUCUAAUCUAAGCCGGCCGGUGGAUGGUUGGAUCCGGCCUGGAAUGUCUUGCUCCUAGUGUUAUUGUCCAUUUUGAUUAGCCAUGUUCCCAGGUGUCUUAGGCUCUUAGCCUAGGUUCUUCCGUGUAGGCCAGCCAUGUCCGGGUCUCCUCCGUAGUUAGCCUGAGUCUGCUUUUCUCCUCAUUUAAUUUGUCGCUGCAGCAGCUUAAAAGGCUUGGCUUAUCCUUCCGUCGCAUCCGGUCCGACUGUUCCUUUAUCGAACGACCCUUGCGUGGGCUGUCCUUGUUGUCCCCUCCCUUUAUAAUACCAUUAUUGCCCCGGCCUUCUCCGCCCAAACGAACGUAUGCGAUAACAUACCGGACUCCGACGUCCUUGUCCGGCCUCUUCCAGCAAACCGGCGCAACAUGGCGGCCUCAUCCUCCGCUCUGCUAAGCGCCGUGGACGGUGCCUCUUCUGCAGGCCGAACAGCAGCCCACAUGGCUACCACAACCGUCAACGUGGAGGGGAUGACGUGCGGUGCUUGCACGUCCGCCGUCGAGGGCGCCUUCAAAGGGGUGGAGGGUGUCGGCGAGGUAACCGUCAGCUUGAUGAUGGGCCGGGCUGUGGUACAUCACGACCCGACACUGCUUCCUGCGGAAAAAAUCGCCGAGAUUAUCGAGGACUCCGGCUUCGAUGCAACGAUCAUCUCUACGGAUAGUGCGUCUAUGCCGGUAGACGGUUCCCGCGGUACCAGGGAUAAAGUGUUUCAGCUGUCAACCACGACUUUGGCGGUAGAGGGCAUGACGUGCGGCGCUUGCACCUCCGCGGUGGAAGGAGGAUUGAAGGAUACACCUGGUGUGAAAUCAGUCAAUGUCUCCCUGCUCUCGGAACGAGCAGUCGUGGAGCAUGAUGCUUCUCUCGUUACGCCGGACCAGAUUGCGGCUAUUAUAGAGGACCGUGGUUUUGGCGCUAAGGUGCUGGAAACUGCAGCGACCGAGAGUGCCCUCCGCACCUCGCUGGAUUCGCCAGCGUCUACGUCGUGCUUAAUGGUCACGACGGUGUCUAUAGAUGGUAUGACAUGUGGUGCUUGUACAUCGAGUGUACAGAAUGCCUUCCAUGGGGUGGAUGGUUUAGUGCAAUUUAACAUCAGCUUGCUUGCAGAGCGUGCGAUCAUCACUCACGACCCUACUACUCUUACGUCCAAAAAUAUCGUCAGCAUAAUCGACGAUGCCGGCUUCGAUGCAGCAAUUAUUUCAUCGGAAGCGCAGGCGCCCUCGUCAAAGGGCAUCAGCCGGGUCACUCUCAGCCUUCACGGCUUGCGUGACGCUGCCUCGGCCUCGGCCUUGGAAGACACUCUGCUCCAGAGACCCGGUAUCUCGUCGGCGUCUGUAAAUAUGGCCAACUUCCAGAUCACAUUGUCAUACGAGUCCUCGACGGUUGGCAUUCGUUCAAUCGUCGAAGAAAUUGAGGCGGCCGGGUACAAUGCGUUGCUGUCGCAGUCGGAUGACACCAAUGCACAGCUGGAAUCGCUCUCCAAAACCAAGGAGGUCCGGGAAUGGAAGCGGUCAUUUCUCUUUUCCGCUUCUUUUGCAGUCCCCGUGUUCCUGAUCAACAUGAUACUGCCCAUGUACCUUCCGGCCCUUGACUUUGGCCGUGUUCAACUCUGCUCCGGACUCUACCUUGGCGAUGUCGCCUGUCUGCUACUCACUAUCCCAGUACAAUUCGGCAUUGGAAAGCGGUUCUAUGUAGCCAGCUAUAAGUCCUUGAAACAUCGCUCCCCGACCAUGGACGUUCUCGUUAUGCUGGGCACAUCCGCUGCCUUCUUCUACAGCGUGUUUACGAUGGGUGUUUCUCUUUUAUUCAAAAAUGAUAUGCGGCCAAGUACGGUUUUCGACACGAGCACGAUGCUUAUAACCUUUAUCACUCUUGGAAGAUGGCUGGAGAAUCGGGCCAAGGGUCAAACAUCGGCUGCGCUCUCUCGACUUAUGUCUCUUGCGCCGUCGAUGACAACGAUAUACGACGACCCCAUUGCAGCGGAGAAACUCGCAGAGGAAUGGGACUCUGCCAAUACAGCCUCAAAGGAGCAGAAGUCGUCCUCAACUAAUGAGCGUUCAGGUCCCGGGCACAAGAUCAUCCCGACUGAACUCAUUGAAGUCGGGGAUGUUGUGCUCCUGCAUCCUGGUGACAAGGUGUCAGCUGAUGGCAUUGUCAUUCGAGGAGAGAGUUAUGUCGAUGAGAGCAUGAUUACUGGUGAAGCUCUGCCGAUCCACAAGGCCAAGGGCAGUGUUGUUAGCGCGGGUACGGUCAACGGCACGAGUUCUCUGGAUUUCAAGGUUACUCGAGCCGGCAAAGAUACUCAACUAAGCCAGAUCGUCAAGUUGGUCCAAGAUGCCCAAACCAGCCGGGCCCCUAUCCAGCGGAUGGCUGAUGUUGUUGCUGGCUAUUUCGUUCCUGCUAUCAUCAGUCUUGGUCUCGUUACCUUUUUCGGCUGGAUGUUCAUGAGCCAUAUCCUGCCUCAUCCCCCCAAGGUCUUCUUGGCUGAAAGCAACGGAGGAAAGUUUAUGGUCUGUCUCAAGCUCUGCAUUUCGGUCAUCGUCUUUGCCUGUCCAUGUGCUCUGGGUCUCAGCACCCCUACGGCUGUCAUGGUCGGCACUGGAGUUGGUGCGCAGCAGGGGAUCCUAGUCAAGGGCGGCGCUGUCCUGGAAGCCGCGACAAAGAUCAACCACGUAGUGUUCGACAAGACUGGGACUUUGACUACCGGGAAGAUGAGCGUGGCUGAAGCCAAAAUUGAAUCACACUGGACGACUAACGACUGGCGCCGUAGACUCUGGUGGCUGAUCGUCGGUCUUGCAGAAAUGAGCAGCGAACAUCCCAUUGGCAGAGCCAUUUUCUCUGCGGCUCAGACUGAAUCUGGUCAUCCAGGAGAAGGUGGUCUGCCAGGCAGCUUGGGAGACCUCGAAGCUUGCGUCGGAAAGGGAAUCUCUGCCCUAGUCGAGCCCACCUCCAGUGCUGAGCGUAUACGCUACCGUGUCUUGGUUGGAAACCUUCCCUUCUUGCGGUCGAGAGAUGUAUCCAUCCCCCAAUCGGCCGAGACCGAGAAUACCGAUAGCUUUACCCCCAAGUCUAAGGUCCCUGCCGGUAUUACACAAAUCCACGUCGCCAUCGAUAACCAAUACGCUGGUUCGAUCUUGCUCCGGGACACCGUGAAACUAACCGCACCUGCAGCAGUUGCCGCUCUGCAUCGCAUGGGAAUCACCACCUCACUUAUCACCGGUGACACCCAUGCCACCGCGGUGUCCAUUGCCUCGGCCGUGGGAAUCCCGAUAGAGGCAGUCCAUGCCUCCGUCUCCCCCUCCGACAAGCAGUCUAUAAUCGCCUCGAUGCAAGACUCCGGUGACCGGGUAGCCAUGGUCGGCGAUGGCAUCAACGACUCGCCCGCCCUGGCCACUGCAUCCGUCGGUAUCGCCCUUGCCUCAGGCACCGACGUUGCCGUAGAAGCAGCCGACAUCGUCCUCAUGCGACCCGACGACCUCCUCUCCGUACCAGCAAGUCUCUCUCUAUCCCGCUCAGUCUUCAACCGCAUCAAAUUAAACCUCAUGUGGGCCUGUCUAUACAACGUCAUCGGCCUCCCCUUCGCAAUGGGCCUCUUCCUCCCCUUCGGCUUCAUGCUACCCCCCAUGGCCGCCGGCGCCGCAAUGGCCGCUUCCAGCGUCUCCGUCGUCGUGAGCAGCUUGCUCCUCAAAUUCUGGCAACGACCCGGCUGGAUGGACGCCGAGAAGCUCCAAAAGGACCUCGAAACCGCCGAUGCCAGUUUCCAAGGCUCCCAGAAGAGCUGGUGGGAGGCCACCCUCUCCGUCACUGGCUCCAACGGCAGCAGGCGCUCAUUCCAAUGGGUUCGGGAUCUCGCCACAGACGCCUGGUCGUACAUGACCCACAAGAAGACAAGAGGCUCCAACCUAGACGAGGGCCACUACGUCCCUCUCCGAACGGUAGAACCGGUCUGAUCUACGUUCUACCUCCCGGUUAAUAAUCUCCUUGAAUGAAUAUGAAUCAGUAUCUAUAUAUGAUGGGUGGGUGUUCGGAUGUUAUGACCUCUUAAUGAUGAAUAUAAAGCCCCUUGAUGUUGUAUCUUGCUCUUUUAGCUUUUGUUUACAUGAUCUCGUGUCUGUGUAUGACAUUUUGCAUUGAUAUACCUCUUUUGCGUGCCUCUGAUGGUAGGCGCCCCCUGUUACAUGGGUUUGAUGGGACAUGACAUGAAUUGUGUGUUCCUUGUGUCUCAUCUUUGAACAUGACGCGCUAUGUAUGAUGAUAUUCGAACAUAUCAUAUCGGGUUUCGGCUUUUUUUUUGGAUACGUACAUUUGCUAUAGGACGGUGAAGAAAAAAGCCAAUGUCACGGUCGAGUCG